ACAUGUCUACAAGUGUUGUCCGCACUCAAGACAUGUCUACAAGUGUUGUCUGCAGUCAAGACAUGUCUACAUGUGUUGUCCGCACUCAAGACAUGUCUACAUGUGUUGUCUGCACUCAAGACAUGUCUACAUGUGUUGUCUGCACUCAAGACAUGUCUACAUGUGUUGUCUGCACUCAAGACAUGUCUACAUGUGUUGUCUGCACUCAAGACUUGUCUACAUGUGUUGUCCGCACUCAAGACAUCUCUACAAGUGUUGUCCGCAGUCAAGACAUGUCUACAAGUGUUGUCCGCACUCAAGACAUGUCUACAAGUGUUGUCCGCAGUCAAGACAUGUCUACAUGUGUUGUCCGCACUCAAGACAUGUCUACAUGUGUUGUCUGCACUCAAGACAUGUCUACAUGUGUUGUCCGCACUCAAGACAUGUCUACAUGUGUUGUCUGCACUCAAGACAUGUCUACAUGUGUUGUCCGCAGUCAGGACAUGUCUACAUGUGUUGUCCGCAGUCAGGACAUGUCUACAUGUAUUGUCCGCACUCAAGACAUGUCUACAUGUGUUGUCCGCAGUCAGGACAUGUCUACAUGUGUUGUCCGCAGUCAGGACAUGUCUACAUGUAUUGUCCGCACUCAAGACAUGUCUACAUGUGUUGUCUGCACUCAAGACAUGUCUACAUGUGUUGUCUGCACUCAAGACAUGUCUACAUGUGUUGUCUGCACUCAAGACAUGUCUACAUGUGUUGUCUGUACUCAAGACUUGUCUACAUGUGUUGUCCGCACUCAAGACAUGUCUACAAGUGUUGUCCGCAGUCAAGACAUGUCUACAAGUGUUGUCCGCACUCAAGACAUGUCUACAUGUGUUGUCCGCAGUCAAGACAUGUCUACAAGUGUUGUCCGCAGUCAAGACAUGUCUACAAGUGUUGUCCGCAGUCAAGACAUGUCUACAAGUGUUGUCCGCAGUCAAGACAUGUCUACAUGA